GUGCACGACUAUUGUCUGCUGUCCUUCAGCCCCCCGGCUCCCGGUUGUAUUAGUGCCACAGUCGGGCGUUGUCCCCCGAGUGCCAGAGACUGGUGGGGGGAAGGGAAGAGAAAGGAGGCUGACGAGGUGCGCGCAUGCGCACGACGCUACCACGCGGGCUAAUCUCCCUCUGGCCUGGACCCGCAGAAUGGAAGAGCUCGAGAGCGGAGAGGGAGGGUUGGCAGGGCCAGAGGUAGCCAUGGCUACCGAACCCGCGGCGCCCUCCCUUGUGGAUCGAUACUUUACUCGCUGGUAUAAAGCGGAUGUUAAAGGAAAACCCUGUGAGGACCACUGUAUACUACAGCACUCCAACCGAAUAUGCGUCAUCACACUGGCAGGAUCUCAUCCCGUUCUUCAAAGUGGCAAAACUAUUAAAAGUAUCUCCUAUCAGAUCAGUACCAACUGUAGCAGACUUCAGAACAAAGUGUCUGGGAAAUUUAAGCGGGGGGCACAGUUUCUAACAGAACUUGCACCUCUGUGUAAGAUAUACUGCUCCGAUGGAGAAGAAUAUACCAUAUCUAGCUGUGUUAGAGGUCGGCUGAUGGAGGUGAAUGAAAAUAUUCUUCAUAAGCCGUCUCUUCUCCAAGAAAAGCCAUCCACCGAAGGCUACAUUGCGGUUGUGUUACCGAAAUUUGAAGAAAGUAAGAGCAUAACAGAAGGGUUACUGACACAGCAACAGUAUGAAGAGGUCGUGAUAAAGCGGAAUAAUGCCACAGCCACACCAUGAGCCUAGAGGUGGAGAGACAGCAUAGGAUGCUCACUCUCCCUGGACCCAACCAUCAGUGCCCUGGAGAAAGCCAGUGCAUGAGAAGCAUUCCUCACACCCCGCCGCUGGAGCAGCCCAAUCCUGCUCUUACCUAACUCCCCUCCUUUGUCUGACUAUCCCAAGCCUUGGUCCCCGUUUGUAGUCCAGCUCUACAUCUGCCUGGCCCAGGUACUUGCUUUGUGUGGGGGCAAGUACAAUUGUGGGCGUUCACUUGCAUAUGUAUGUCAGAAAACAACUUCAGAUGCUUUUUUACCUUUUGUUAGACAGUCUCUUUUUGACUUGGAACUUUACCAGCUAGCUCAUGAACUUCCAGGGAGACACCCAUCACCUCUGCCUUCUGUCUUGGAAGGUGCACACACCAUGGCCAAGUUUUAUAUGGGGCAGAAAACCCAAACUCAGGUCUUCAUGUGUUCAUGAUAUAUUACUUUUCAGUUGCUGUGAUAAAAUACUGUAACCGAAAGCAACGUCACAAGAGUAUUUGGGUUUGUAGUUCCAGAGGACUUGAUGUCCAUCCUAGUGGGGAGGCACAGUAGCAAGAACAAGAAGCUGAGAGAUCACAUCUUCGCCAUACAGAAAAAGCAGAGAAUGAACUGGAAGCAGGGUGAGGUUAUUAACUGUCCCUGGUUAUGUAAUUCCCCCAGCUAGAUUUCUUGUCCUAAAAGUUCUACCAACUGAAGACCAACUGUUCAAAUACAUGUCCAUGGGUGUUAUUUUUUUUCUUACCAAUCUACAACAUUGUUCCCAUGAUGCUUAUAGGCCCAUAGCCAUAUCAUACAAAAUGCAGCUAAUCUAAUAUCAAAAGUUCCUAUAGUCAUUACAGUUCUGAAGUUCAAAGUCCCUUCUAAGACUCAGUGCAGUCUCUUACGUCCCGCUGUAAGUCAGAAAAGCAGUUACAUGCUUCCACCAUACAAGGGCACAGAAUAUCCAUUCCCAUUCCAAAAAGGACUGGGGGGCAUAGUGAGGAAAUACUGAACCAGAGCAAGACCAAAAGCAGCAUGAUACACACCAAAUCCUGCAGCUCCGUGUCCACUAAGUGUUUAGUUUCAAAGGCUUUGGUUGGCUGCCCCUCCAGCAUUGCUGCCUGCAACACAGAUGUGAUUCUGCUGUGUGCAGCCUCCUUGGCGGAUGGCUUGGAGCUUUGGUUUCCCCACCACAGCAUCAGUCACUGGCCUCUUCAUGGCCCUCUUGCAGAAACUCCAUCUCUACCACAUGUUGCUUGGCUUGCUGAAGCCAAGAAGGAAGAAUCCAGAAACUUUUCAUUCUUUCAUGCCUCUAAAGCUAGUACCAUGUGGAAAAUACCUCAAAAUUAGACGACCAGCUUUCAUUCCCUUUGUCCACAGCAGCUCUUUUGUUACGUUGCUUUCUAGGAACAAACAGCCCUUAUUUUAGGCUGCCUUUCACAGAUUGGAGGUUUGUCUGGGUGAAGUCUUGCCUUGGCCAACUCUCCUAUUGUUUCAGUUUAAAGUCGGCCUUUUUUUGUUUUUUAAAUGUAUUUUUUUAGGUAUGAGUGCUCUCUGGAUGUGUGCCUAAGAGGGCAUCAUAUCCCAUUAUAGAUGGUUGAAAGCCACCAUGAGGUUGCCAGGAAUUGAACUCAGGACCUUUGCCAGAGCAGCCCAUGCUCUUAACCAUUGAACCAUCUCUCCAGCCCUAGAGCAGGCUUCUUGAUAACAUUAAUCUCUAGUAAUGACAGCCUUUUCCAGAACAUGACUUCCUUGUGCUUUUUCUCCAAGCUGUACAUUUUGUAUUUCUGCCAGACAUGCUGGUUUUCCUUGGCCAGAGUUACACUAUCUAGAAAGAUCUAAAGCCAGAGAAAGUAGUCCAUUACUUUGUAGUUCAACUUCUUGUCUGUUCUCAGGACUUGGGUAGAAAGUAGCCAGAUUCUUUGUCAAAGGGUCACAUAAAUGACCUCAAGCCAGUUUGCUAAUCGAGACAUUGUUUUUCCCUGAAGCAUAGAAGCCAGGCCUCUACUGUCUACAUUACCUGCAGCACUAGUCUCCUAGGUUCCAAACAGGAAGUCUUGUUUCACAGUGCUCUCAGCCUUCAACCACUUUUCUGGAACCAAAGUUCAGUCUUCCAAAUUCUUCCAAGAAACUGUCACAUUGUUUCCACAGCAACCUCAGUUCUGAGUACCAACGUCUAUAUUAGUUACCUUCUGUUGUGGUGUUAAAACACCAUGUGACCAAAGCAACUUAAGAGGGUUUUGUUGGGCUUGUAGUUCCAGGGGGUUAGGUGUCCAUGGCAGCGAGUGCAGGCUGAGAUCAGACCACCACUCCCUGGAGGCACACAGUGAAGGGGAACUGGAUCGAGGCUAGACACUCAAAGUCUGCCCCCAGUGACAGGCUUCAUCUGGCAAGUCUUAACAUUCAAAAGUGCCACCAGCUAGGGACCAAGUGUUUCGAAUACAUGAACCAUGGGGGACUUUUCUCCAUCAACCUACAACAGGAGGCAAGCAUUUCCCCGACUGAGCCAUUUCCCCAGUGUCACUCUGUUCCAUGUGUUUCUCUGACAAAUGUCAAAUAAGGAAUAUUUUCCUGAUUGGAAAACAAGCUCUUGAGAAAUAUUUUCAACAGUUUUUCAUGUCUAUAAGAAGUGUGUUUCUUUUUUAUGUGUUUCCCCCUGUAUACAUGUAUGUUACAUUCACGCAACACCUGUAGGUGCCAAAGAAGACAUCAGCCUCCUUGGAACUGGAGUUCCAGGUGGUUGUGAGCCACCCCAUUUGGGAGUUGGGAAGUGAACCCAGGUCCUCUGGAAGAGCACCCAGUGCUAUUGACGUCUAAGCCAUCUCUCCAGCCUCUUGCCUAAUUUUUUUUUAACAAUUUAAUACUUUGGAAAAACAAAAUUAAUUGUCUACCCUUCCCAAAUCUGCUUGUGCAAUGGAAAAGGCCCAGCCUCGCCCCUUCUGCAGCAUUGCCCUCUAGUUGCUGGGGAGACAGGAGUGUGGAGUCUGCCUUCUCUGCAUGGAAAGCUCUGCAAAUGUACAAGGGCUCUUCUAGCAAACGGAAGAAGUGUGCUGCACUGUUAAGCUGGCUGCUGCCAAUACAUGGUAGUGACUCAUCGUGCACAUUUUACUGACAGCUAAUUUCUAGCAAUCAAGGUUUUCCAGUCUGUCUUAGAACAGAACAAGGUUUUUACAUUAUGUAAGUUAGAAAAAAAAAAAAAACAGCUAUGAAGUUCUGGUUCUGUUUACAGAUUAGAUUAGACUUUUACACUAAAUUUAAAAAGACCUUAAAUCGUGAAGUUUUGUUGUUAAGAGCUGCAACAUAUAGUACGUGUCUGUCAUUUCCUCAUUUUUAAUAAAAUAAUUUUAAGUGCAAGCAAGCAGAGUUUAUUGAGAAGAAAGAAGAAGCUCCCUGUAACUGGGAGGGGAUUGGGAUUUUAAAUAAAAUAGUUUUCUACAUGAACA